GGUUACGGUAUAUGUUGAUGACAAACCAUUGAAAGAAUAUGAGAGCGCCGAAGAUGAGGUGACGUUAAAUGAAUCACAAGGACUCGGCAAGAAGUUUGAAGUCGCCCAGCAUCAGAGUUCUGUAACCGUUAAAAAGUUUGUCGAAUCUGCAGCCGGCGAAUUUUUCACUAUCAAAUGCUCUGUCCAAAACCCAUAGAGAUAUGCAGACGUUUGUACGUAUCUUUCAUUUUGCACUUAUAUCGAUGGCAAGAUCCUGUCUUGGGCCCCCGUUUUCAACAAAGAGACAUACGAAAAAGAUAGUUUUAGCUUGACUCGAGCAGUCGAGGGAAAUAUCUCCAAGGAGGAUAAGAAAGAACUACUACAAACAUUACAGUUCACAGAGACACACUUGACUCAGUGCGACGAUUUGAUUGAAGCAGUAACUCGACUUGACGGAAAUGGACGUUUCGUGGGUGAAAUCGAAAGCUCCAUUACUUAGUAAAACCGAGAUUCCGGAGAACCUGUUGAAGGAUCAAGCAAAAUCACAUAGCAGAUUGUUUGGUCAAGGGGAGGCUAAAAGCAAAGGCAAAUAUCAGAAGAUGGAUUUUCUCGAUGGUGGAAGAGAGUACCCUAUUGCAAUUUUAAAUUUUCAACAUGGCUCGAGAGGAGAUCUUGAAACCUUGGGUGUUAUCGAAAGAAGUCCGGAGCCAGGGUUGUCAUUUGGUUAUGUUCACAAUUCUAAACCGCUACCUAUGCCGAUCAGUGAACCUCAAGUUCCAGAAAAGUCGUUCCGGGAUACGAUGAAAGAAACAAAGGUGGAGGCAGAAGAAAAGCUGCCAAACAACAAUUUUCGUGACUGAUAUACUUCUAACUCACUGGCAAACACGUUCACCCCUCCAUCAAUCAAGCAAAAUUUUACCCUAACAGCCACUUCAGUACCUGCCAGCUCUUCGAAUGUUAUACCUCCAAUAAAUUCUGCAUCCUGGAAUGUUCGAUAUCUAUAUCCAACACAGACUGGCAAUUCAUUUGGGCAAUUCCUGCAAUAUUUACAAACACACGGAGGUGGGCAGCCCGCACAGGCACCUCCGCUAUUCCCAGUAGGAACCAUUACCGCAGCCCUUCCCAACUUAUCAACAUCUACCGGUAGUAGCGGUAGCAUCACUACAGCUACUUCGAAGACACCACCCACUCAAGCGCGAGAAAGAAGGGAAUGAGAGUGGAAGUCGCAAGAGACGCCGCA